AUGGCCCCUAGCAAGCAUUUGACAGCUGUCGUAGCAGAGGGUGGUUCUACCGUUGUGAAGGAGGUUGAUGUUCCCAAACUUGGUCCAGGUCAAAUCCUGGUGAAGGUUGUCGCUGCUGCUCAGAAUCCUACCGACUGGAAGACAGCUCUGUGGGGCAAGCGAUACGGCUCUGUCUCAGGGUGCGACUUCUCUGGAGUCAUCGAAGAAUUGAGUUCCGAUGUGCCAGCGAGCUUGAGAAGUGUGGGCGAUCGUGUCGCUGGGAUCGUUCAUGGAGGCGUCUAUCCUAAUGGAGCCUUUGCCGAGUAUCUCGUUGUUGAUGCUGAGCGCGUUCUCCACAUCCCUGAUAGCUGGUCAUUCGAGGACGCUGCCCAGCUCGGCGUUGGCCCUUACACGGCGGUCCAAUGCCUAUAUCAGUCCCACAGUUUCGCCACGCCCCUCGCGCCCACUUCCACCCCGACUCCGUUGCUUAUCUGGGGGGGUGCAACCUCUGUCGGACAGUAUGUCAUCCAAUUUGCGAAGUUGGCCGGCCUCCACGUGAUUGUCACCGUGUCCCCGAAGAACUUCGACCUGGUUAAGUCGUUGGGCGCGGACGAGGUAUUCGACUAUAACGAUCCUGAGGUAUCAAAGAAGAUCAAGCUUGCCACUGGAGGCAAGCUGGCGCACGCCGUUGACACCAUCUCGGAGAAUGAUACGCCCCGCCAGAUUUCAGAGGCUCUGAGUGACGACGGCGGGCGUGUUGCGGCGCUGUUGUUCUACAAGAGCCCGAGACCGGAGGUCAGCAUCAAUCUCACCCUCGCCUAUGACUUGCUUGGAAAGAGCUAUGACUUUCCAUUCCCGUGGUCGCCUAAGACAGACGAAGAUAGGGAUAGGGGAAAGAAGUUUACACAACUCCUUCAACAGAUCAUUGAUACUGGAAAGAUCAAGCCCAACGCGACAUUGAUCCUGCCUCAGGGAUUAGCGAGCGUUGCUCAGGGCUUUGAGUACCAGAAAACCGGAAAGGUUAGCGCGCAGAAGAUCACGUACAGAAUUGCGGACACUCCGAGGUUGUGAGCAUACAAACAGGAAAGCGAAAUAAUUUAUGUAUGUAUAAAAGCGUCCAGACGGGGUAUAACUUCAAGAAGUGAGAGUCAGAAGCGCUCUAGACAGCCUCUUAUGACCAUCGUAUAGUACAGCAACCCAGUAGGCAUACAAGAUAAUAUAAGAGAACAAAUUGCUUUGUC